CCUCCUACUCCUCCGUCUCUCAGUCUGGCGCUCUCUCUCUCUCUGCUCUCCUCUCCGCGCUGCCUUCCCCAAUCCUCCUCCUCAAGCUCCAGGCGUCCGGACCAAAACUGCCACAUUCCCGAGGACAACUUUCAACUUUCUGCUCAUGAACUUUACAUUCCGUCAGACCAGGGGAAACUUUUGGACCUCACCUGGACACCCGCACUUCCUGGUUAUAUAACCUUUGUUGCACUUGAACGAAUCCUUCACAUUCCAAAGACUUUGGCCCCGGACGGAGAUCGCUAUAUAUAUUUUUUUUUUGUUGUUGGUCUUUUUCGAUCUUCAAAGCCGACGAUCACAGGCGUUACCACAACAUUCCGCAUAGACCGAAUAAUCAGGGAGCAGCAGUUUACGUGUUCUAGCUUUUGCACAACUUUUAAGCAGUCUUAACUGUUUGCGUGGUUAUUUUUCUACGUGUAGUCUUAAGUUAAGUGCAUAAAGAGUGAAGAAUGGCAGGUGUGACCUCUCUGGAUGCGGUGAAGAGGAAGAUCCAGUGUUUGCAGCAGCAGGCCGACGAGGCGGAGGACCGGGCGCAGGUCCUACAGAGAGAGCUGGACAGUGAACGGGAGGUCCGAGAGAAAGCGGAGGGAGAUGUAGCAGGCCUGAACCGUAGGAUCCAGCUGGUGGAGGAGGAGUUAGACCGAGCCCAGGAGAGACUGGCCACAGCACUGCAGAAGCUGGAGGAGGCCGAGAAGGCUGCCGACGAGAGCGAGAGAGGGAUGAAGGUCAUCGAGAACCGAGCGAGUAAGGACGAGGAGAAGAUGGAGAUUCAGGAGAUGCAGCUGAAGGAGGCCAAACACAUUGCAGAGGAGGCUGACCGCAAAUAUGAGGAGGUGGCUCGUAAGCUGGUGAUCCUGGAGGGAGAGCUGGAGAGAGCCGAGGAGAGGGCCGAGCUCUCAGAAUGUAAAGCCAGUGACCUGGAGGAGGAGCUGAAAAAUGUGACCAACAACCUGAAAUCCUUAGAAGCCCAGUCUGAGAAGUACUCAGAAAAGGAAGACAAGUAUGAGGAGGAGAUCAAAGUUCUCACUGACAAACUGAAGGAGGCUGAAACCCGUGCAGAGUUUGCAGAGAGGACAGUGGCCAAACUGGAAAAGUCCAUCGAUGACCUGGAAGAGAACUUAUCAAGAGCCAAAGAGGAGAAUCUGGGCAUGCACCAAGUCCUGGACCAGACCCUGCAGGAACUGAACAGCUUAUAAACACACAGAGAGGAAACUACAGAGGACGAGAUCGUCACGUCACAUUCCAUUAGAUGAUGUUCGACUCCAUUCCACAGUUCGAGCUGUAAAAUCUCCCCCCACCCCCCCUCCCCCCCAUGUACCAGGGGGAUUAACUUAAUGCUUGUCCCUUAAAUUUUUUUUUUUCUAAGGCACAACUUUUCUUCUUUAAUUUUUGGGGGGAUGGGAAGUCGUUUUUAAACCAUCACUUGUUUGUUUUUUAUCUCCAGCUGCGAUUACAAAAAUUUUAUUUUUGACCACUCGUUUAAAAAAGAACUGGCAAAUUAAAACACCCAAACCAACCUCAGAUUCGGUCACUCAACCACUUAAACUGGCUCAUUUUUUCCAUUUUAUAUGCACAUACAUUAAAGCCUCUGUCUGAUUAUUAUUAUUACACAGGUUACAGAUGGUGCUGGGGGGGUUCUCUCAGUCUGCACAAGUGUGGCCCUGAAGUGCCACCCAGUGGUGACCUAAAGUCAUGAAGUUUUUGAUCAUGUUCUAACUCCUGAGGAGGCUCCAAUCAACUCGUCUGUCUCGGCAGCGUCCUCGUCAAUCUGUUUGUGUGCGAGAUGGACAGCUGGGCUCAUGGAAAGGUUUCAUUCAGAAAUAAAACAAGUCAAGACACAUGGUCUUACAUGUUGGAAGAUGCAGAGUAUUUACAGUGCAUCGCUUUACUUCAUCUCUAUUCAUGGGAUGUGGGAAUCAAUGCCAUGAAAUGAACGACCUUUCCUCAAGCACCACCUCCUCAUCGCGACUCCUGCACCAUCGCCGACAACAUGCAAUCAUGUAGCCAAUAUUAACUACACUUACAAUAUGUUGUAUUACAUGAGCAAGCUAAACCCCAAACCACUGGAAUCUUGGUUAAGUUUUGCCAACCAUGGAUACUUAUUGUAUAUAGUAGAAUAAUGGUUGGUAAGUCGUAUUGUUUGAUAUUUUUUUUCCGUUGGAUGGGUGGGGGGUGGGACUGGGUUGUUUCAUUUACACCACUUUUUUUUUUUUUUCUAGGGGAAAUCUCAAGACCAAAGAACACACAUUAGACUAGACAGUUAAUUCUUCAAAAUGUUUUAUUAUUAUUUUUUGAUUGUGAUGGUCGUCGUGGUUUCAUCUUGUGCCAGGGCCACGAGCAGCGCCUCACAUCUGAUUAUGGCUUUUUUUAAAUAUUACAUUCACCACCCCCUCUAAUGUCAGUCUAAUAAAUGUUUUACAGAAA